CUCAUUGAUUGUAGUCUACCUCAUUUUUGUCGGUCUGUCCAUAAAAGCAGAACAAUAUGACACCAGCAUCGUCGUCAGACGCUCAGCACAAUGUCGCCUUGAUCGGUCUCGGAACUAUUGGUAUAUCCUUCGCUGCCCUCCAUAUUAAACACACAAGUGCAAUUGUCUCUGUAUACGAUACGCGGCCUGAUCUUGAAGAGUACAUCAAUUCAGUCCUACCUGGCUACAUUGAUUCCGAAGACGCUGCGCUUAGUCUAUCUCAACUUCGCCUCACACGCCGCUUGAAGAUUUGUUCGUCCUUGGAGGAAGCGUGCCAGAAUGCUACAAUCGUCCAAGAGCAAGGGCCAGAGAACCUAUCUUUCAAACGAUCUAUCUGGCCCCAAGUGGAAAAAUUAGUUUCCGAUAAGACUCACUUAUGGAGUUCGACCUCGGGAAUCGCAGCCUCGCUUCAGGUCCAGGAUAUGAAUGACCAGACUCGACUUUUGGUUGUCCAUCCAUUUAACCCUCCUCAUGUCAUGCCACUUAUUGAGAUUGUACCUUCCCCAAUGACGAAAUCAAUAGAGGUGGACUUCGCCAAAAAGUAUUUCACAGAGAUGGCAUCCGGCCAUCAGCCAAUCGUCCUCAAACGGGAGAUUGCAGGCUUCGUCGGGAAUAGACUUGCAUUCGCUCUCCUCCGCGAAGCAUGCUACUUAGUCGAUCGCGAUAUUAUCAGUGCCCAGGAUCUAGAUCUCCUCGUCGAAGCUAGUAUCGGCCCUAGAUGGGCCGUGCAAGGUCCUUUCAAAUCAUACAAUAUGGGUGGGGGCGCAGGCGGUCUAGCGAGCUUUUUGAAGAAUCUAUCAGGCACGAUACAGGGGGUUUGGGAUAGCAGCGUGCCAAUGAGCUUUGCGGACCCGUUAGGAGAAAGGAGUGGCGACGACUGGGAGGGAAAGAUUAUUGCGCAAGUGGCUGAGGCAUAUGGUAGCCCAAAACCUGCUCAGUAUACGGGUCGGGAUGUGGCACUAAAUGGAGUGUUCGAGGUGCAAAGGAAGAUGAGAGACGAUCCAGUAUAACGUGUUUCACAUGCGAUUAGACAAAUAAGCGUCGAGUAACGUGGUUAUUGUAUGUAACAAAAUACUAUGCUGGGCUGAGCACGAAGCUCUCUUAAACUACGUACGAAAAUAGGUAGUAAUAUGAAUAAAUGGGAUUAAUAGGCUUAUUAAUAGGGAUGAAAAAAUAUAGACAGGGAAUUAUAACAUAUAACGUUAUAUUUCCCUCUUAUAUAGAGAGACUACCCUCUUACAUUCUCUAUAUUUUUACACAUAAGAAACCCC